CCACUUCCUAUGAAGGAUACGUUUUUUAAUGGGCAGCCGUAUAGGGAGCGAAAAGACAGCGAGUUACGUAACAAUCGCCACAAUACUGUGAACCCUGCAGAGAGGAUGAUAGAUAACUAAGUUCCGAAUUAUGUCGGUCGAAUGUCGGUCGAAUGUCGGUACUCCAAGAUCAGAUGGCCACGUGGCACCUGCGCCGCCAAAAUGUGUUCUUAUUUUUUUUUGUACAUUCGAGCGCACUGCUCAAAACAAUGAAGUGCACGAAAAAUGUCGAAAAAUUAGGUACACAUUUGUGUGGGUGCGUCAUUUAUUAUGUUAGAUGCUAGCGGUACCGUCGUCGCGCCGACACAGGCACCUAGCCCGCCAACUAGUUGCCGGGUGACAGGCGCCCUACGCUCACCCCGCGGUGGAGCGAUCAGGCGGAGCAGGCUGAGGUGCGCGAGGGCGCCGCCGACACCUCCACGAUGAAGCCGCGCGCCCACCGCGAGCCACGAAAGAACCCGCGCCCGCCCCAGACCUCCGAGAUGGUCUUGAGCGCCGUGCGCGAGCUCGCGGGGGCUGCGGCGGCGGAGACGGCGGCGUCCUCGGGCUCCCCGGCGGUGCAGGGGGCGCGGCCCCGGGACGUAGUGCGCUACAUACGGCGCGAGUACAACGUGCGGGCGGCCUGGGUCAAGCGCGACGUGAACAACGCUCUGCGCUGGGGCGUGGAGUACGGGCUCCUGACGAAGCCGCAGUGGGGCGUGUACCUGCCCGCGCCCGCGUCGCCCGCCGAGCUCAGCCAACAGGCACGGCGCGAGAGUAUGCUGCGCCGCGCCGUGGAGGGCUUCCGAGAAGCAGGCCUCCUGGCACGCCUCAACCACAUCGGCAUGAACCCGGACCCAAACCACGACGACGCGGCGGACGAGCCCACCUUCGGCGACGAUGAGGCGGACGAGCCAACCUUCGGCGACGAUGAGGCGGACGAGCCCCACCCCGAUGAGGAGGGCAACUGCUAGGCAGUGACGAGGCGGCGUCCGGCGUCAUGGAGUUGCAGUACCUCGCGGCGGAGGCUCCCUGGUCGGGGUCGGGCGGCCGCGCGGCCCCGGCUGCGGAGGUGGCGCCAGGGGUGGCCGCCGCGCACCUGUCGGGGACCGUGGUGGACGCCCAGUACUGCAUCGUCCCCGACGCCGCGGUGGUCCGCCUGACCGCGAGGCGCCGCGUCCGCCGCAAGCCCGACAGCGCCGACUCCCCCGACAGGAUCAUCUUUGAGAUCCGGAACACCUGCACCGCGCCCCUCGACCUGGCGGUGGCCGACCUGCGCGUUUUCGACUUGGGCCUUCGAUCACCCCGAGCGUCCCGGGAAACUGCAGACGCAGUGGCCGACGGCGCGUCCGCGCGCACGGAUGUGGCCGACGUGGCCAAGGUGUCCAAGACCAUGACCGACGCUGAGCGGGCUCUCCUCAAGCAGUGCGCUGCUUCCACUCGAGUGGAUGGCGCCUGCCCCUUCCAAGUCCGCCCGGAGCCCGAAAGAGUAACGACCGUGGCAGCAGGAGCCCAGAUGUCGUUCUCUGUACGAUUCGUGCCGCCCAUCUUUGCCAGGCAGUACAUCGCCACCUUCGAGCUGCGCCUGGGCAACGGCAGCACCGCCAAAGGUAUUCGGACGUUCACAUGUUUCGGGAAUUCCAGCCCGGAACUUGUGCAAAAGAACAAACCACCAGACGUCCAGCACUAACAAUUAUAAUUGCAAGUGACACUGUUCAGGGGUUAAUUAUCUUAUCUGAAGAGUUACUUGUUGAUCUCUCACAAAUAAAUGCUCUAGAAAAUGUUAUAAUGAAUAAUUUAUUACAAAUGUACGCUAUUUACAUUGAUUAGGAUACCAAAAAUAAAACAUGAUUUUCAUCUCA